AGAACGAGAGGCCGCGGACCCGACAGUGCGGCGCCCGCGGGCACCUGCUCCGACCGUUUGUCGGCGGUGCAAGCGUCGACGAGGAGGAGCCGGGGUUCAGACCGGGAGGCCUGAGUGCGCCUCCGCCCCACCCGGACCCCGCCGGAAACAUUCGAGGUAGACAAGUCCAGGCGCUGGUGCGAGGCCACGGCGCUGUCAAGGAAAGGAACCGCUAAGAGAGCGUCGUCUGCUGCAGCAUCUCGCGAGGCGCCGUCGCCGGCGAGACGAGACGAGAGCGGCGCCAUGAGAGAUGUCAAGAUGGCGGAACUGAAGGUGGAGGCACCGCUGGCGCGGACCGAAGAAUGGUCCGACUUCAGCGACUUCCAGAGCUCCGAGGACGUGGAGAACUCGAACGCGUCCACGAAGUCGACGCCGACCACCGACUGCAGCAGCGGCGGCAACAACGGUGUCGCAGCCAACGACAACUCCUUCGCGGACUGCAACUUCAGCGAGACGUUCUCCAACUCGCUUGAGGAUCUGGUGAACACCUUCGACGACAAGAUCACAAAGUGCUUCUGCGACUAUGACGAGAACGUGGAGAAGCUAGCGCCCGUGCAAAUCCGAACGCAGGAGGAGAUUUUGAACGAGUGUCAGACUUGGUGGACGAUCACUGGCAACUUUGGCAACAUCCUGCCUAUCGACUGGUCCAAGUCUUACGCCAGGAAACUGCAGCUGCCAGCGCUCAACCUCAAUGAACGAGCGAAAUCAGAGCGUCUGGAUGGGGGACUUGACAAUGGCUCGGAUGACGAAGAAGAACUGGCCAAGGACCUGGACCUUCACGCACUCAUCCUCUCCAGUCUACAGCAGGAGCCUAUCUUCACAGCCGAGCAGGUGCUUGAGGAGAUUGACGAGAUCAUGCAGGAAAAUGGCCCUUCAGAAGGGGUUCCAUCGCCUGACGGCUCCCCGGAGAAGACAGCCAACGAUGCCAUGACCAAACACGCUAUCUCGUCACUCGUCUAUGGGGAAAGGCUCAAGACGCUCUCGACGGCUGAGCUGAACGAGGUGCUGGUGGAGCUGGAGCGGCUGAUCCGCGAGCACUCGGAGACACUCAUCCAGGAGCUGGCGCUGCGGGACGAGCUCGAGUUCGAGAAGGAACUCAAGAACACCUUCAUCUCUCUGCUGCUCAGCGUGCAGACCAAGCGUCGGCACUUUCAGAUCGACCGGCGCAAGGGGCGCCCGGUCAGCCAUGGUGUGCCCGAACCCAAGUAUCUCACCACGGUGAUCCCUUACAAUGUUGACAAGGGCCCUCCAAACAAUGCCUCCCUACAGAUCCUCAUCAAAAUUCUCCAUGCCAUCAAUGAUGACAGCCCCACAGUGCCGACACUCUUGACAGAUUACAUUCUGAAAGUUUUAUGUCCAACGUAAAGCGAGGAGUUGCCGAGAAGCAACUCUUGCCCCGGAUCAUUUUUGCGGCCUGCUCUGGUGCCGACCUCAGCCCUCGGCUCUCGACCCAUGCAUCGCAAGGCUGGCGUCCAAGGCUGGCCGGAGGCUGAAGUCUGCGAAUUGCUUGCGCCACAGAACCUUGGGAAAACUGGUUGCUAGGGUUACGCCAUUGUUCUAUUUGUUCUCGCUUUGUCUCGUGUGAGACUUAUUUAUUAUGAGAGGUGUGCUGGGCUCGCUCGUCAGAAAGAUCUUUUUUUUAUUACUGCUUCAUGAAAACUUGAAUGUGAGACUUUUUGGAGACCCUUUGCUUUCCAUAACUGUCAAACUUAUAGAGAUGACAAAUCAUUGAAAUGUUAAAAUCAGUGUCUCAUAGUCUCUGUGAGUCUUUUUAUAUGAAAGUAAUAGAAACCACCAAUUCAUUAAAGGCUUAAUUUUUUUAAUUGGCAGUGCUGCACUUAUGUCAGUGAUUGUGAUUUUAAGAGGAGAUAAGGUACAAGGGCGAAUCAGAAAGUCUUUGCCCCUAUUUUUUAUUAGCCAAAAUAAGGUACAUACAGGUAAUUACAAAUAUACCUGCUAUGCUACGUAACCUCGCACUAUCUUCCGCAUAGUCCCCACACUGGUUCAGACAUUUGUCUCAUUCAAGCACUUAAUUUGAAUUGCCCCUGUGCCACGUUGUCAUCAGUCAGUGAUGCACAGAGCCUCCCCGAAUGCUCAUUGUCAUGCCAGUCUUCACGGCCAUUUUGCAAACUCACAACACCACCACCUCCCACUUCUCUAAACGGGACACCUUUCCCUGUACGUGGGCUGCAUUUCCCUGUGGAUUUCUAUGGGCAUUCGUCCCUUGCUCCAUAGAUCACACAUCAUUGCUCUUACGCCGUGGACGUGUGUAGCACAACCGCCAUCUUCAACAACUGACAGCAGCACCGUGUCGCAGAGCUACUGGCAGAUAAUGCCGGGCUGGUCCAAAAAAAGACCACCGCUAAGAAUUUUAUAUGUGGACUUCGCAUUCACAGCCAUAAUUUAGGUAUAAAAAAUAGGGGCAAAGACCUUCUGGUUCGCCCUCGUACAUACCCUUGUGCUGAACAUAGCCAGUGGUUAUUCCCGCAAUUAGUUGGCAGCCCAGACUUCAAUGUUAAUUUCCUUUGUUUGAAAAGUCAUUUUAGAAAAUUGCCUGUAGCAGAUGAAAUUGUGCACCCUUUCACUUGGAUUCAGGUAAAGUCACAUCUGCUAAACAGAAAUCCUAAGACUUGCACAUGUAGAUAUGUUCCUUAUUACAUUUUAGGUGCCGUACCUAGGCUUGACAGAAAUGCCUCCUCAUCUGUCAUGCUCGAAGCUGCAUUUUGCUAAGGCUCCAUGGCACAGGGUCUCCAGACAGUCAUUGGAGAACAUCACUGCUGCCACUCUUACUUAUUGGAGAGUUAUUUCAGACUUGAGCAAGGCAGCAACAAUCUUCUGCAUCGCUGACCUGUGUGGCUCUUUAAUCGUGGUUGCAUUUUGUGAGUGCCAGAUAAAUGCUUGGCACAGUGGCACAGCAGCUCUGACCCAUGCCAUAGUCACUCGAGCCAUUGGACUUAGGUUUGCACUUGCUUUCAAGUGUCUUUCAUGCUUGAGCUUGUUUUAGAGCUUGCACUUUUUUUUAUGUUGUGGAUAUUGUGGAGAGACAGCUAUAUGAUGUUUAUUAUAUAGUUUAUUUAAAGUGUACAAAUACAGGAGCCACAUUGUGGAACGAUCAUUCCUGGGAGCAUCAUCGUCAGCUCAUGCCACUUUCUUGUGAAGGAGCUCACUGCAUUAACAGGGGCCUGAGAACUGAGGAAUCUUUUUCUGUUGCCAAAUGACUUUUCUCUGAACCCUGCGUUAGGUGGGAUUUUGAGCUAAUCAGUGCAACAUAACGCGAGACUUCAAUUAAGAGUGCAUGCGCAAACGACUGCACAUUCAUUUCUUGUGCUUUUGUUGUCUCCAUUACGUGUUCUCCAUUGAGUCUUGUCCUAUACGUGCUACAGCAUUGGGCCACGAUGACGUAAUGUUUCACCACUCGCUGGUGUGCCCCUACACAAUCACUCUGGCACUCUAUUGAGGCCGAGAUCUGAAUUUUAUGCGUUUUGUGCAUUACGUCUUCGUUGCAUAUGACGGGAGGACACGUGGCAACGUAAACAUGGCGACGUCUUUGGAGUGUUGACCAGUGCACCGAAUAUGUAUGCUGAAUGUUGCAGUACACAAAAGCACUGCCAGAAGUGAUCGUUGCACAGUGUGAACUCAGCUGUUUUGUUCAGUUGGUGUUGUAUGUUUUUAACCAGGGUCUUUUUUCUACUGAUGUUUUGUGCACAUGCACAACUUGAUUCUUUUUGUGACCUGUUUUCUCGGCUUUACCCCGUGUCACGUUUGUUUUGACGUCAUAAUAGGCUACGAAAGAUUCACACCUGAUUUUUGUGAGGGUAGUGAAACAACUCGUUAUACAAACUUGUUAUAAAUCUUCAUCUUCUACAUGAAUGAUUUCGCCUUUUUCUUUUGGCAUGGGGCACUGAGCAAACAAACUGCUUGAGGAAGCAAAUGGACCCAUUUGUAGAGCUUGACAAUGUGUACAUCCAUGCUGAUUACAGCCAAUGGCUGCAGUUCUUGCAUGGGUUUCGUGCAUUGGAAGAACACAGCCUCCAACAGCAUGGUCUUUUGGUAGCUACAUUGAGCUAAGAUUAACAACCCCCAUGUCGGAUAAAAUAUUUCGUGUCUAGUUUGAUCCGAAGUUGGUGAUACCUCGUGCACAGCUUAGAUGUUUGAUUUUCAGCUAUUGUACUUUCAGGGUACAAACUCAGUGGAAUCGUGCAGCUGUAGCCACCUGAGUUUAAAGCUAGCGCAGUGCACUGGUUUCAAAACUCGUCACAGGGUACAAAAUCUCAAGAAUCUUUAGAUUUACUUUUUAGGCCGAGGGCAGUUGUAACCUUCAGUUGGGGUGCAGUUAAAAUUACGGGAAGGCAGCCAGCCUCACUUCUGUGUCAGAAAGGUGGCUUGUGUAUCUGAGAUUGUCUAGACAUUGUUGCACUUUUCAGCAAUUAAUGCCCUUCAAUUGCAAUGUAGGCUUCAAACCUUGUACAUAAGGUCAUAGCCACGUGGUAUGUGCGAAAUAGGCGCCAUUAAUGACCUCGUAGAUAACUUAAAGCUCUCUCCACCUGUAUGCGUCUACUAAAUGGACCAUGCUUUGUAAAAGCAAAAUUUCUGCUUGGAAGACUUUUGGAGUGUGUUCUCAUUAGAAAUGCUUGACUAGAUUUUGGUCGAUGUGUGAUAGCAACAUUCAAGUCUUGCAUUUUGAGCCUCUCAACCAUAAUGUAGCCCUUUAAAGAAGCAAGCUUUUGCACAAAUCUGUAUUUGCACUUUCUUGUCAUACAGAUCUUUGCAUGCUUCAUGGGAAAAUUUAAAUGUGGAGUGUUUAAAUUGUCGGAUGUUCUUGUUUCUUGAGCAAUUUUUUGUCAGUUAUGUACUCACUGCAUCUGUUUGAAACUUAUGUUUGCCAGAAAUGUCUGCUUGUUACGAGGCAAGAACAAAAUUGUUUUGUGUAUGUAAACUGAAGUCUUUUUUCUUUUCCAGUAAAUCCAAGGCCAAACUUAUUUUCAAGAGACAAACAAAUGCUUCAUUUACUUAAGAAUCUUAAAGCUUCAAUAAAGUUUACCACUCGAAUUAAUGUGUGCAAUUUUUUUAUACAGAAGGGCCCAAACUGUAAAAGAAAUGACACUGACUUGAGGGAAAAAAACUCAGAACAUGAAGUUUCUUGACGAAAAGCUUAAGUCAUACGAGACUCUUUAAGCGUUUACAAUAAUUUGCUUAUGAUAACACAGCCUGUGGAUGUCUUGUAGAAGUGGUACAAACAGAGUUGUACUUUUUGACUUUACUGGCGAUGUUCUGCAUAGAAAGCUUCUUCAGGAAGCCAACUUAGGCGAAGUGGAUAGCGACCAUCUUUCUAAUCUCGCCCGCAGUGCAUGGCGAACCCCCCCCCCCCCCCUCAAGCGUCUUUCUUGUAAAGGCCGUAUAUUCAAACAUGUCUCAUGACGCGAGUGAAUUGGAGCAGGGAGGGGAUGUUGCGAUGUUCUUGUGUUCUGCUAUUCAUUGUCAAGUGUUCACUCCCAGAACUGUGCUUACCAGAUAAACAAGGCAUGCCAAAGUUCAUGCGAAUGAAAGAAAGAGAAAAAAAAUAUACGAUUACAGGUUGAAUGCGGAAGGCGCCAAGCUCAAGUUGAUAGACUACUGGUGUGAUGUGCCUUUUGAGCACAUUGCAGCAAUUGGGUCACGAUACAACAUGCUAUUAAUUGUGCAUAUUACUUUAUUUUCAUGCAAGACGUAUGCGCUGAAAUUCCAUAAAUUCAGAUACACUUCACAUGCGCAAUUAAACGUCAUGUUCACAGAUUAGUGUUUGUACAGGCUCUUUAUUUUUGGCUUGUCACUGAAGAUUUAGUGGAUUUUUUUUUCUGUAAAAUGCACUAUUUUUUUGAGACAGUGUUUAAAACAACCACUGCAAUUAGUUCUUGCUGCAGGUAAACCUUGCAGCGCAGGACUGUCAGCACACCCUUAAUGAUUAACCAUAGUUUCUUAGUUAGUGAACCCAAGAUCUUGGCACCCUUUGUAUUCAUACUGACUGAAGGUUCCUGUGUGCUUUGCCUGCUAGAGUGAUAGAAACAAUUGUUUUGCGAAUCCGAGUCGGCUGCAGAGGCACAAGUCGCUGAACUACUUUCUCACGAUUCAAGCAAGUCGCUCCUGCUGUUGCAGCUUUGCGAUCAUGUUGGCGAAGGCGCCUUUUGUGAAGCUUUGGCUCAGCUGGUGACGCGAUUAUAACGCGCGGCACAUGAGCUUGUACAGCAUGUACCAUGUGCAAUCACUUAGGGAAUUUCUUGAGCAUAUUCUGCCAUUGUUCAGCAGUUCACCUUGACUGAAAGUUUUCUUUUUUGUUAGCAACCAUAGAUUCGUUGUACCAUCAGUGUUCAUUUUUUUCACCGCUUGUAGAGUGUCUGCUUAGCAAUGUACCUAUUCUUCGAAACCUUUUGAAGUGUGGUGUUGAUGUUGGCAUGAUCUUCCUCCAAGUCCACAAGGUGAUGUGGUGUUCUCAGCACUGCGCAUGCAUGUCAUAAAAGUAUCUGUUGUUUUGUGACAUAUCUAUUUUUUGUACAUAACGCUACUCUCACCACUUAUAAGCGUCUAGCAAUGUGCAUAUUGAGAUAAAUGUGUGUGCUUAUUUGUCUUCUGGCAUUGCAGUUCCAUGAUCUGUGAAAGGAAACAUGUACGGUACAUUUGCUGUGCUCAUUUUGUUUCUGGGUACAGCUUAGUGUUUGACGAAUCACGGUAAGGAAAAUUUGCUCUGGCAAUUUAAAAGCAAAAUUGGCAGAGCCUGUUUUAUUAGAUCUGGCUUUUAUAUCUUUAUUGAGCAAUUGUAUCAAAUGAUAAAACAUGCAUCGUUCUAGUUGAGUUCUUGCUACACACUUGAUAAAAGCUUGCAAUAGAGAAAGUUUUUUUUUAUAUUGACACACUAUAACGAAAGUUUGGAUGAGAUGCAAAUGCUAUAUGGCGUACAGUGUUGUAUGUUGUACUUCCCAUGUCUUUACAUCCAGUCCAACUUCUCUGACUAAUGGAACUUGUAUGGCAUAAUUUUAGUGUGCAAGAUAUCUAGACGUGUGUGGAAACUCAAUUCUCAUUCAUAUUUGGUGAUCUGCGGUGUUGGGUUCAUGACAAACUUAAGCGUUUCACUCCUACACUGAAUACAGAGAAUACAGUGCUGAGAUGCAUCUGCAUACAGAGGCAACAGAGCAACACAAUGAGUGGGCUCAUUGUUGAUGAUUCAUGAUAAUAUUUGCUUUUCAGUGUCAAAAACUGCUUCAUAAUAGGCUCAAGGGCUAAAUUGUUUGCUUCAUCAUUUGGUUGCCAAAUUAUAUCACUUUUCACAUCGUUUAUGACUGGCAGGUCACAAGUAUUCUCUAACCUCUUGCAGUUGCCUGAAUGCCGUGCCCUUUUUUUGCAGUCUUUUGAUGCACUUAAUGGUGUGCUAGACUCAGGUUUCUUUCAGUUAUUUCCGUAUGUUUCUGGUGCAGCUGCCAAAAUAGUCUUUGUCAUGAAUAUUCGUUGCGUGAGUGAGAGAGUGUGAACAGCUAUGAGUGCACUCCUGUUCUGUGACAGGAUUAUUUCAGCUCCCAAACCGUUAGUCGUUGGACGUGCGCUAGCUUGUGCAAUCCUCAAGCACCGUUUGCAGCAGACAGAGAAAGAGGCUGACAUUUAAAUGAUGUGGUGUGCAGAUCACCACAGAAACCUUCAUAGGCAGCAAUGAAACCAAACGUAGUCGUAGGUGUAUGUGUUCCCUCUUUGCUGAUGCUUUGAACCCCCUCAUUGAUUACCAUGAAACUGUGUCAUGUGGUUGACUCAAGCCAGCUAGUCCAUUUGGGUAUAAAGGGGCAACACUAGAAAUUAGCAGUUUACACUAGUGCUAGUUUAUCAAACAUUUGCUCUUAUUUUUUAAUGUACAGGUGUUCCAAUUCACCCUACCUUGAUUGGGAGAGAGGACUGCCCUUGUGUGUGUCCAAAAUAUCGUUUGGGUUCUUGUGUGUCAAACACUUUGACAUCAAUGUAAUAGAAUGUUUUGCGAGACUUGAUACGGUCUGGAAGCUGUACAGUUAGGCAGCACUGUGUGUAGAAGCGAAGGGGAAACUUGGACGGCACAUCUUUGUGUGCUGAGAUGACUUGUACAUUAUUUAUUGCUCUGCAAAUCCUCUUCCUUCUUAGCACCACUUGAAACUGUGUGUACAGCACCCACUGUGAAGUGCACUCGACUUUGCGAAGUAGUAGUCCAAUCUUCUUUCUUUUGUUCCUUGUGAAUAUCACGUCUGCUGGGUCGUGUCGGCGAUAUACUGAAAGCUCACUUGAGGGUCACAAACUUGUAACAGUGUAUGAAGUACAUGAACCAUGCAUGGUUUGUUCCUGCAGCUCGUUCCAAUUGCACUGCUCCAGCACUGCAGAGUAGCUCUGUGUUGUGCCAUCAUUGAUUGCACACUGUUGCUAAACAUGGAGUUGUGGACUUUGGUGACUUACAUAGUGUUUAUGGUGCCGUGUUCUCUUGCUCGAUAUAUUGCCCUACACUGCUGCACGAACUGCGGUGGCUGUGGUUCAUUGAGAGCGAGUGCAGUAAGUGAUUGAGUCAUGCUGAGAAUUUUUUUUCCACCUUACGCAUACAGUUAGAGAACUAGGAAAAGACUUGGAUGCCCUUGGAGGUAUUUGUGUGAGCAGGUGGUUUCUUGUGUUGAGAGAUAAAUAAAAGAUCAACUCUAUCUUGA